AUGGGCUGCCACGCUCGUGCCAAGGACGUGUGCGUGAGCGAGCGCGUGCACACACACUCUGCGUCACCGGGAGCUGUCGUCCAGUUGGCUGCAGUGAAGCUGGCCAUUUGUGGGAGGUUAACACUUGGCAACGGGAGUCAGAGGGUCAGAGGGGUCAGGGAGGGUGGGGUCGGGGAAGGUGGGGUCAGGGGGUGUGGGGUCAGGGGAAGGUGCGGUCAGGGAGGGUGGGGUCAGGAAGGGUGGGGUCAGGGAGGGUGGGGUCAGGAAGGGUGGGGUCAGGAGGGUGGGUCAGGUCAGGAGGGGGUCAGGAGGGUGGGGUCAGGGAGGGGGGUCAGGGGAGGGUGGUCAGGGAGGGUGGGGGGGGGGUCGGGGAGGUGGGGUCGGGGGGGGGGGUGGGUCAGGGAGGGUGGGGUCAGGGAGGGUGGUCAGGGGGGGUCAGGGAGGGGGGGGUCAGGGAGGGUGGGGUCAGGGAGGGUGGUCAGGGUCAGGGAGGGGUGGGGUCAGGGAGGGUGGGGGUCAGGGAGGGUGUGGUCAGGGAGGGUGGGGUCAGGGAGGGUGUGGUCAGGGAGGGUGGGGUCAGGGAGGGUGUGGUCAGGGAGGGUGGGGUCAGGGGAGGGUGUGGUCAGGGAGGGUGGGGUCAGGGAGGGUAUGGUCAGGGGGUGGGGGGGUCAGGGAGGGUAUGGUCAGGGGGGGUGGGGUCAGGGAGGGUGGGGUCGGGGGGUGGGGUCAGGGAGGGGGUGGGGUCAGGGAGGGUGGGGGUCAGGGAGGGUGGGGUCAGGGGGGGGUGGGGUCAGGGGGGGGUGGGGUCAGGGGGGGGUGGGGUCAGGGAGGGUGGGGUCAGGGGUGGGUCAGGGGUGGGGUCAGGGAGGGUGGGUCAGGGGGGUGGGGCUCAGGGGGGGGUGGGGUCAGGGGGGUGGGGUCAGGGGGUGUGGGGGGGGUCAGGGAGGUGGGUCGGGGUGUGGUCAGGGGGGUCAGGGGUGGGGUAAGGGAGGGUGGGGUCAGGGGGGGUGGGGUAAGGGAGGGUGCAGUCAGGGGGUUUCAACAUGA